AACAGGCAAUCAAAUGGCCUUUAAGAAGCCAUUGGUCCUUAAACAAACAUUUCUCUCGGUGAGGAGCAUUUUGUGCACCAUGUUUCGAUAACUUUUGAAGAAUUUAAGGCAAAGGUCGUUUCAAAAUCAAUGUUUCUACAAAGAAUAGGGGCUAAAACAGUGAAGAUGAUGUAUGAGAGCCUCAGGCAGCUAACUUUUAGCAAAAAAGCACUAAAGAAGAACAAGAUGCUUGAAUAUUGCUCAAAAUAAGAUCAAGUACAAAGAAGGAGCCCUGAUCGAUGGCUACAUUAUCUUGAAGGGUCAUCUCUGCCUCUCGACUAUGAAGAAGGGCUACAUCCCUAAAGAAGGAGAACCAGAGGAUUAUCCAGAAUAUUUUGUUAAACAAAACGAGUUCAUCUGUAGUGAUAACAUCUGGAAAUAUAUCCCUAACUUUGGCAAAAAUAUUAUUAUCAGGUACCUCCAGUUCGUGCCUGAAGACGAACAGCUAGAGGUUCUCAAGCUCCCAAUGUCAGAGUACAAGCAUAUUGUCAAACGGAAUCCUUCUGAGAGAGAUGUAAUGAUCUUUCUGUCAAAGGCCAUCCCCAGCCUUGGAUCCUACUGAUUGUCUACCAAGAUGAAAGUUGUUGAUAACUUCACUCCAAAGUAUUACAAAGGUGGUGAAAUAAUCUGUAAGGAAGGAGACGAGCUAGGCCAUAUCAUGGUUAUCUUACAAGGAGAAUGAGAAAUACUCAAAAACAAUCCAGAGGCUAAAACCUAUAGAGGGGAAAGUGGCCUCGGCUUCCUGUCUGAAUCUCUGAUCAAUAACAAAAUAUGGACAGUUUCCUCAAAUCAUUGGAUCGGUGGAGAAUCUGUGUUUUAUAACAAACCUCUGGCAUACUCAGUCAGAAGCCUAAGUAUAGUGAGACUUCUCAUCUGCUCAAGAGAGAAAAUAAACUCUAUCCCAAAAGAUAUCCUAGAGUCUCUUAAGAAAGAGCUCGAUCGAUCAAUUUCCCUCAAUGAGGACAGACUUCAAAAGCUAGAAGAUACUAAAUAAAAUGCUGUUAAACUUGGACCAUGAGAUUAGCCGUACCUUACCAGAACAGAUAUCUCACUUAACCAAAAAGUACCCGAAUGCGUCAAAAUAAUACAAUUUCAAACAUCAGAAAAGUGCUACUCCCCGAGCUAAUGAACAAGCCAAGGUUUUUGCUAUGUAAGAACACUGCCAGGGUAGAUCCCACCCUUCAUGAUGACAACAGCAAGAAGAAAAUAAUCUCACAGUUUCUUGAGAAGAAACGGCAGGGCCAGCUUGACGAUCCAGGUAACACAUUUCAAUCAUUUAUGCAUCUGACUCUUGCUGAAGAGGGAGAAAAGCCAAGGUAUCUCUACGAGUCUACUUUCGAUGAGAAACAUCAGAAGGCACCUCCCGACAUCACACUGAAGCAUACCCUCUGCCAUCGGAGUAACAGUAUCACUCAGCCAAGAGAGCCAGUUUCAAUGAAGGCCAACAUCAGGAGCAUUAACAACAUAAAGUUAAGGAACAAAGCAAGGGAAAGUGGCUUUACGCCUUCUGAGCAAGGUAAUUACCAGGAUCCUAUCUCAGAAGAGGUCAAAUAAGUACUCACAGUACAAGAAGAUGCAAGAAGAAUCGAGGAGAAACUAUGAAACCAUAGAUAGCCUCAGUCCAAAACUGAGGAACAAGUAUGCAAGACAUUCCUCCAUCAAACUCCUUGCACGAAGAGGCAGCAACGCAAAUAAGAUGCCAAGUGUUGAGAGAGACUCCUCAGUCAAGACUAUUAAGAACUCUUACAUGUCUUUUGAACAAGCCUUUGAGGAUAGAGUCAAAAAUAUGAGUGAGAGGAAAAGCAUGGUGAAGAACUAUAUCAAAUCAAGUUUCACAAAAAAUUCUCAAAAUUCCAUCAAUUUUUCAAAUAUUAGCCUUAAUAGGAAGUCUAUAAAGCCAUUUGACAUUUCGAAGAGUAGCGAUGUGACAAAUGACAUCUUGAGAGGGUCCAGGAAUAGGUCCAAGCCCUCUCCUAAAAGGAUGCCUCAAGCCGCGCUUUUUGAUAAAGGAACAAACUUUUACUUUAAAGUCAAAAAUUUCAAGAGGAAGAAGAGAGAAAUAUUUUAAGGUUUUCUAAUUAUCAAUUUUAAA